UGACAAUGUCAUGUUUAUGAAGGAAUGAGACCUUGUUUUUUGUUUGUGCGAACCGUUUUUGCUAGUGGACAUAUUUACUUUGAAGUUGCAUUGACGGGGUUGAUCUAAAUAUGAUUCUACCGCCGUAGCUCGCCAACUAGCUCAGCAGAAAUCAUGAAGCUAAUGGGCUCGGUCGGUCGGUCGACUUCAAUUAUGUUAUUACUACUACUACUUAGACAGUCGUUUUGCAACAGCCUUCUCAUCAAGCAUGACAUCGUAAAAGUCAAAGUGGGCUUAUCGACAUAAUGGAAGAGAAUGACUCGCUAGAUGUCAACGUGACCUGCUAAAUCUCAAACAUGCAGCUGUGUUGAUUGUUGAAGAAGUAGCAGCAGCUACGAGAGAAGAGACCGUGGGUCAGAGAACAGAGAUGCCUUUCCUACACGGCUUCAGACGCAUUGUGUACGAGUACCAGCCGCUGGUGGAUGCCGUUCUGUGUGCAGUAGGACUGCAGGGCGAGGGCGGAGUGGAUGCCGACAGACUGUCUGCCGGGCAGGGUGCGUGUGAGUCCCUGGAGGAGGUUCUAGAGAGGGAGGCCCAGUCUGCCGUGUUCGUGGAGGGCAUCAGUUGCGCCCUGUUCAAGGUGGCGGAACGCGGCCUGGUCGGAGCAGCCGAGGUUCUGCUGCGCCACGGAGCCGACCUCAACUUUGAGGACCCUGUGUCCUACUAUAAUCCGCUCCACAUAGCCGUGUUGAGGAACAGACCCCUUAUGGUGGGCAUGCUGGUCCAGCAUGGAGCCGACAUUGACAAGAGAGACCGAAUUCAUGAGAGUAGCCCCCUAGACCUGGCAUGUGAGGACGCUGACCGGCUGCCAUGUCUGCGCACGCUGCUGGCGUUGGGAGCCGACGUCAAUGCCCACGACAAGAAUGGUAAAACAGCUCUGCUCCAUGCCCUGGCUAGCAGUGAUGGACUCACGGUGAACAACACGGAAAACAUCAGACUGCUGCUUGAAGGAGGUGCCAGUGUGCAUGCGCGCACCAGCGACGAGGAGACAGCGAUGUCGUCUCUGGUGUUCCUGGUGAAGGAGGCACUGGACGGCUCCGAGGAGGACGCUGCGCAGAUCGGCCAGUUCUGCCUGCGCGUCACCGAGCUGUUGCUGGACCACGGUGCUGACCCCAGCUGCAGCUGGACCCCCGGGGAGCCAGGGGGCGCCAGAGAGCAGCAGCAACAGCAGCAGCAACAGGAGGAGCAGGAGGACGACGACGAGGCCGAGCCCUCGCUCACGCAGACGUGCCUGGACCACUUUGACCGGCUGUUCCCGCUGGCGCUGCUGCUGCUGCAGAAGGGCGUCGCGCUGCAGUGCUCGCUCCACGGCGCCACCUGCUGGUCGGGGCACCAGCUGCUGCUCGGGCGCCUGGAGGCGGCGCUGCAGGAGAGCGCCAGCGCAGAGGAGACGACGGACCUGCUGGCCCGGGCCGAGACCUUGCUGGAGCUGGCUGAGGCCUGCUGCCCCCCGCCCGCUCCUUUGGAGCCCCCCCACACCCACACCUCUGCGCUGCGGCUGCAGCCCCCCCCCCACGCGGCCGUGCUGGAGCUCCGAGCCCGGCUGCUGGAGCAGGAGACGCGGCCUCCCCCCCUACGUGUGCUCUGCCGGAGGCUGCUGCGCCACAGCCUGCUGCCGGGGCCCCUGGGGCCCAAAGUCCAGCAGCUGCCCCUUCCUGACCGCCUCAAAGACUUCCUGCUUCCUGAGAGCAGCGUGCAGUGCCGGCCAGGUUGGGACCGCUGCCGGCCCAGCCACCCUCCGCGCUGAGGACUCGUCCCCCACACACCACUACAGUAGCCUGAGAGGACCAAUCAGAGCUACUGCUAUGAAGCCUCGGCUUGGUGUGAUGAGAGCCAGUGGCUGGUAGUCGGUGAGGGGGACCUGUGGCUGUCACAGCUUCAGCAUGGACUUGAUUUAACUGACUCAAGCUGUGUCAGACUGUGUGAGACUGUCAAAAAUACGUGGGAUUCUGUCAGAUUGUGUGAAGAUGUCCAUCUACUGUCCAACUACAACGCUUAGAAAAAAAGGUGCUAUAUAGAACCAAAACCAUGCUUCAUAUAUGGCAACCCUAAAUGGUUCUUUAAACCAUUUUGAAGGGUCCAUCAGAGGAACCCUAAGGGUUCUUUAAAGCCUGCAUGGUUCUGUAUCACACUUCAAGAAUCCUUUUUUUGAGAGUGUAUGUGAGACUGUGUCCAACUGUGUCCAACUGCAUCAGACUGUUCUAGAUGGUGUGAACAUUAUAAUUCUGGUGCACUGUUCAUUUACCAGUUCUGGUUUACAACCACAAUCAAACCUAUUUAUCUGCACUGCCACCCCCUGCAUUGCGCCUCUGGCCAAUCUAUGGUCUCACAACCAGUGCUAAGUGUCAGUGCUGAUCAGAGACGAGAUCUCUCUUUAUCUGCUCUUCAGCCUGUGUGUGUGUGUGUGUGUGUAUUCCCCUGCCCGCUCUGUGGUCUCACAACCAGUGCUAAGUGUCGAUGCUGAUCAGUGGAGGAUGCCUUGCCUCUCUCCAUCUGCUCUUCAGCCUCCCUUUGUGUGUGUGUGUGUGUGUGUGUGUGUAAGUACAAGACGUGCCUUACAGAACCUCAGGAGAGGUUAAUCGUGUCUGAUCUGAUGUCUGUGGUGUCUUUGAUUAAUUAACGUGCCUGAGUUGUUAUUCCUAUUAGCCUUUGCAGCUGUCUGUGAUGUUAACUGUCUCUGAACUCCUAAUGCAGUGAGCCACACACAUAACACAGUCCCACACAAACACACACACUGACAUCCAGUGGUCUGGUGAAUUUGGCUUGUAGCUGUGGCAGCUGAACGAUGUGCCAGCUUCAUGUUGUGGAACGUGACAGGUGUUUUGCUCUGUGAAAUAAAAGCGUCAUGCUGCA